GUGUCUGAGGACAGGAGUGAGAUCGACAGGGCUUUCACCGACUGUCGCUCAUUCGUGUGCGAGGGCCUCGCGGCGGAUAUGUUCUCGGCGGAGGUCGUCGCCCGGGAUGCUCUCUGCUCGCUGGAUGUCAGCGCGAGCCUCGCCAAGCUCGCCGAAGCUUGCGCCGCCAGCGACAUCGAGAGCAUCCGAGCUGAGUACCUGAGGCGCUUCAUCAACGUCGUCACGAGCGGGUGCAAGGUCGGCAAGCUGGGCACGGACAUCCCGACGAGCGAGGAGGACUUCGGCAUUCGCAUCGGCAAGAGCAGCGAGGUGCAGGCCUUCUCCCAGUUCCUGCAGGGCACGGCCCGGGACAACUGGAAGGCCCUCGAGGGCCCGAGCUUCCCCGCCCAGAUACAGGAUGGGCAGAACGCUUUGACGUGGGCUAACCAGGUCCUGAAGGAGGCAGGGGUCCAAUAUGCUCGCACUCUGGACGCCUUUUCGGAUAAGCUCGAGAAGAUGAAGCCGUCGGCCGAGGAGGUGAGCAACCCGGCCAUGCUGACAGAUCGCGCCACGCAGAAGCUUCUGUUCGGGAACCCCAAUCGGCAGGACCUCAACCCCCAGACGCAGGUGGCUUCAGAUAUGCUCGUGAAGCUCAAGCGCGCGAAGGAGAAAGGUUACGCCGUGCGCAAGGAGCUCAAGGAGGCCUUCAAGCGGUUGACCUCGGUGCGGGGCGAGACCAAGACCGCGAUCAUGGUGGACUGGGUCCUCGACCACAUCCUGCGCGACAAGAAGGGCACGGCCGAGGCUCUCAAGGCGCAGGGCGAGCAGAUGCAGCAGAUGAUCGUUCGCACGAACGCGGAGAUGCCAAAGUACAUGACGGACUUGCUGAAAACGAUGACGGGCACCAACAGCCCUGGCCCGGCGCAG